AUGGAAGACGAGUAUGUUGACCCGAAAAAUAGAAGAAAAAAGACCAACAUCACCAAUCGUCAUCAUUUUGUGGUUAAUAAUUUCAACACGGUUCUCGAUAUGCAAAUUCAAGAGCUUGGAAACCGUUUUAACGAGUUGGCCGAGAUGUAUCCACGUGAUUUUACUUUUGAUGAAAAAGAAGAUCUUAUUGAUGAACUCGGCCACUACAUUCGUAAUGUGAAAAAAGAUAGUCGGUUUAACAACUUGAAUGGGAUAAGUGAUCUUGCCAAAAAGAUGGUGGAAACAAGAAAAAACAUUGAUUAUCAAUUGGUUUAUCGAUUAAUGAAGUUGUCACUAGUUUUACCGGUUGCAACGGCAAGCGUUGAAAGAAGUUUUUCUUCAAUGAAGCAUGUAAAGACGGAAUUACGUAAUAGGAUGGGUGAUGGAUACAUGAACGAUUCUUGCAUUUGCUACGUUGAAAGAGAGUUUUUACAACAAGUUUCCAUCGAGAAUGUAAUGCAACGUUUUCAAAAGAUGAAACCUCGUAGGGAACAACUUUAA